UCCCGCAACUUCUCUCCUUCAUGGUGGAUUCAUGUUCAGCUCUCGCCCUCCUCGGUCGCCAUGCAGAACAACCACCACAAGGAGCACCUGUACAAGAUCCUUGUGAUAGGGGACCUCGGGGUGGGGAAGACCAGCAUCAUCAAGCGGUAUGUCCAUCACAACUUCAGCCCCAACUACCGAGCCACCAUCGGGGUGGACUUCGCUCUCAAGGUCCUCAACUGGGACCAGGAGACGGUGCGUCUGCAGCUGUGGGACAUCGCAGGUCAGGAAAGGUUCGGCAACAUGACCCGUGUGUAUUACCGAGAAGCUAUGGGCGCCUUCAUCGUGUUUGAUGUGACGCGGCCCGCUUCCUUUGAGGCCGUCACCAAAUGGAAGGAGGACUUGGAUUCCAAAGUGACACUUGCCAAUGGGAAACACGUAGCCACCGUGCUUUUGGCUAAUAAAUGUGACCAGGGUCGGGAUGUACUGACCAACAAUGGAAUAAAGAUGGAGCAGUUCUGCCAGGAGAAUGGCUUUGUGGGAUGGUUUGAGACAUCUGCCAAGGAGAAUAUCAACAUUGAUGAGGCAGCCAGCUGCUUGGUGAAACACAUCAUUGCCAGUGAGAAUGACAUGCUUCGGUCAGAAGUUCCCGACACCAUCACCCCUCAGUUAGAGAAGGACAAAGGUGGAACUUGUUCCGCCUGCUUCAGAUCCCAAUAACAGUAACACCUGACGGCACAAAGUUGAGUUUGUGUGUGUGGGAGCAAGAGGAAGUUAUGACAGACAGAGAAGCAGCUGGUCCAAGUAACGGAUGGAUUGAAACAGAGACUGAGAGAAAGUGAGAUGGAUGCAGCUGUGUCCGCUUGUCAAAACCAAGGUCAGCCCCUCGGCAACUUCAAGCCCUAAAAAAAAUGCCACCUGAGUUACCAUGGUGACAUGGCUAACUAGCAGAUGGGCUUAGAGGUUGCAGGAAAUCAUAGUAUAUCUGCACUAAUGGUCCGUGGAGGUGAUCGUUCCAGACAAACCAUGGUGGCUGUCUCUCUUUCUCCCUCCAUCCCGUCACUGCCAUUCAAUUCUACCACUCUUGAUGUGAUUUGGUGCCUGCAAGAAAUUUACAUUUCAUUUCCACCAAUGCAAUGUGCUCUCAGUCCUGAUAAGACCACAUCCUCGUUACAUGAUACACUUUGUUCGGAUCUGGUUCAUUUAUUUUAUAUCUUUAUUGUUAUUGCACCGAUAAUGCUCGCUCCAAUGUCAUGUAUAGCAAAUGAUAUGGAUAUAAUUAAAAGUGCAUUUUAUUUUCCAUCGUCAACAGAUAUCUCCACUAUAUAUUAUUUAUAAAUGCACUUAAAAGGUGCAUAUUGUUUUCUCUUUUCACUGCUGAGGUAGAAUUCAACCCAUUACCAUGGCAACAUAUUUAAAAUUCUAUGAUAAACAUGUCUGUGUAUUAAAGAAGGCUGUGUUAAAGCAAGAUCUGUAUCUGUUUUAAUUCAGUGGUUUUAUAUUACAUUUCUAUUCCACUGUGAAAUAUUUGUAACAUUUGUAAUUUUAUGAUAAAUGCAAAUAUGUAUACAUCUAUGUACAUAUCAUAUAGAGUGAAAUAAGAUUGUAGAACCAAAGAUGCA